GUAGAUAUCGCAGCAAUUCGUUCGGCUAGGAAAUGCCAAAAAUGCCCUCGAAUGAUUAUCUACGAGUAUGAAACCCUCCUCGCAAAACCCUUAUUUCAUUUCCCAGCUUAUCUGUUUGGGUUUCACACUUGCUUCUAGGGUUUUUAUCCCAUCGAGAGCUUCUUCAAUGGCGACGCACACCAUUUCUCGCUCCUUUCUUUGCCGACCGGCGAAAUCCCUAUCCUUUCUGCUCACUCGAUCCUUUGCUUCAUCCGCUCCCCUCGCCAAAACUCCGGCGUCUUCUCUUUACACGUCAUCCCUGCUGAGCCGAUCCCGUCCCCUCGUCGCCGCCUUUUCCUCCGUUGUCCGUGGUGGCCUGGUGUCUUUUAAAUGCCUGUCAACGCAGGCUACAUCGCACUCUCUGAACGAUCCGAAUCCCAACUGGUCGAACAGGCCACCCAAGGAGACGAUCCUGCUCGAUGGUUGCGAUUUCGAGCACUGGCUUGUCGUCGUGGAUCCACCUGAGGGUGAUCCUACUAGAGACGAAAUCAUUGACAGCUACAUCAAAGUUCUAGCCCAGGUUGUUGGCAGUGAAGAAGAAGCGAGGAUGAAGAUCUACUCGGUUUCAACUCGGUGCUACUUUGCUUUCGGUGCUCUUGUGUCAGAAGAUCUUUCUCACAAGCUGAAAGAGUUGCCUAAGGUGCGCUGGGUUCUUCCCGACUCUUACCUCGAUGUGAGGAACAAAGACUACGGAGGGGAACCUUUCAUUGAUGGGAAGGCUGUUCCGUAUGAUCCUAAGUACCACGAGGAGUGGAUAAGGAACAAUGCUAGAGCAAAUGAAAGAAACAGGCGUAAUGACCGUCCUCGCAACUUUGACAGAAGCAGAAACUUCGACAGGAGGAGAGAGAACAUGGCAGGAGGCCCUCCUCCCCAACGUCCUCCCAUGGGAGGUCCUCCUCCUCCGCCUCACAUGGGUGGCUCUGCACCUCCUCCGCCUCACUACGGGGGACCACCACCACCACCGAACAACAUGGGAGGACAAAGGCCUCCACCAAACUAUGGAGGACCACCACCACCACCGAACAACAUGGGAGGGCAGAGGCCUCCGGCAAACUUUGGAGGACCACCACCACCAAACUACGGAGGUCCGCCACCACCACAAAACAACAUGGGAGGAGCACCACCACCUAACUACGGAGGACCACCACCACCACCACAAAACAACAUGGGAGGAGCACCACCGCCAAACUAUGGAGGACCACCACCACCGAACUAUGGAGGACCACCACCACAGAACAACAUGGGAGGAGCACCACCAAAUGCAGGAUGGUCAGGUAACAACAGCUACCAGCAGCAGAGUGGUGGGAUGCAGCAGCCACAGUACCAGAACAACUAUCCACCUAACCGGGAUGGCAGCGGGAACCCGUACCAGGGUUAAAAGUAGUUGAAGCAGCCGUGGGUUUUCUUUUCUUUAUUCAUGCAUUCUGGACUUAUGUAUAGAUAAUCUGAGCAAUGAGGGUGAAUGCAGUAGCAAGCAAGACUUUAAAAACUCAUUUUGUCUUCAGUGUUUAUCAGUCUGGUUAUUGUGUGAGAGAAUCCUAAGUAGCUAUUGGCAUGGUUAACACUUUUUCACUCCUUACCUUUUCUUUUAGUUUAUAUCCUAUAAAAUCGAUUUUAAGA